AGUUUUAAUAACAUCUGGUUUUCGGAUUUGAUUAAUGCGUUAAACAUGAAAAUAAUGCUUAAAAUUGUUUUAUUUGUGGUUUUUUUCGAAAAUUCAAAUCAAAUAUUCGACACUUUGAGAGAAAAACUGUUUAAUUAUACGGAAAAAAUUGAAGACAUUUUCGACGGACCGGCAGUUGUUUUGACGAAAAUUCAAAACAAUUUAAUCAAAAGUAUGAAAUCGUUUGCAAUUAUAGAACCGACCGAAAGAGAGACCCGAUUGGUUGAUGAGGACAUGAACUACCUGUUCUCCAUUGGAACCGAUAAACUCAUUGAUUCUAAUACUAAAAUGGACUUCUUUUGCAGCGAAAGAAACAACUUUUUGGAGGAAUUGAAAACUUGGAUAACAAGGAAAUACACAUUUCAUUACAGAUUGAGAUUUAUAGUCAUUCUUAUGAUUCACAAAAUCAAAACCAAAAACAACGACUUUUGCGCUGACAAUAAAUCCAAAGAAGAUUUCCUCAAAUUUACGCAAUUAUUGGUUCCAAUGAAUCCCACAUUAAUGACAAUUAGAUUCCGAUUUAUAGACACUUUGGUUGCGAUAAAGAAAUCGCAUUUCGGUAUUACAAGAGUCGGAAAGAUUUGUUGCGCUUAUUGGCGUUUCAAACACCAAACGUUGGACACAAUUGAUUCAAUAGAACUCAAAGAGUUUGUCUCACAAAUGAUGAAUUCAUACUUUUCUGGAGGUCUUCACUACUUUUGUCUCAUCUAUCAGGAGAACUGGCAAACCUGUGCUUCACAUAAACCUGAUCCUCCCGUUCCCCAUCAAUACGACUCUAUGCUUAUGAAUCUGAUGGACGCGUUGGCAAAAAUUGAUAACAUUUUCCUWAAAAGAUGA